UUUAUUUCCAAUUAAAUAAAAUGAAAAUUGGGUGAGAUUCGUAUUCUAGAGUGGGUCUGAUUCCAUAAACAUCUGCCCAAGGAGAUGUGGAUCAGGUGACUCUGCUCUGGGAUGCAAAUAACAAAACUCAAUUGAAAUCUUAAAAAUACUUAGGGUCCUGCAGUCCUGAUUAUCAGAUAUUGACUUAAAAUAUGAUAUAUGAAUGCGAAAUAUCUGGUAUGAAUAUUCACACUCACAAACCUUUGCUUCUCCCUUCACAGCAUAAGCAACCAAACCAGGAAGCCUAUAAUUUAGGGAUGGGGAACCCGUUGUCCUCCAGAUGUUGUUUGAUUCCAGUUCCCAUGAGUUUUGGUCUUGUUUUGGCUGGGGUUGUUGGGAGUUGUACAACAACAACAUCUGGCCAAUCGAAGGUUCUUUAUGCCUGCUAUUUCUAAUUAAAUCAUUUCCAGUUUUGUCUGCAAUGCAAAACUGGUUGCCAGGUUCAGAACGAGCCACAUUUUGAAGUUGGUUUAAUAUCAUGACUUUCUCUGAAGCUGGUAAUGCCAGUGACUUUAUUGGAGAGCUUCAGUUUUAUUAUGUAUAAUCAGUUUGAAAAUAAAAGAACAGAGAGCAUCAUAAAACUAGUCUGAGAAUAAUAAAGGCAAUAAAAAAACCCAGGUGUAUUUACACCCUUAGGAUCAGUGAUGUUAUCUCACAUAACAUCACAUAGUUUAAACCAUUUGAUGAUGGCAAAUAGUUGACACUUGGAAUUGAACUUAACCCAGUUGUAACUAUGGCAUCACAUUGGUAUCCAUGGUGCCAGGAAACCAGCUGAGCCCAACUAAAUUGUGCCCUGUAAUCCUACUUGACCUUUGUUGAAGAAGGCACACUGCAUCAGAAACUGUGUGGUUUAAUGGAUUUUGUAAUGUGAUGGCAAGCAGCAAUGCCCUUCUGAUUUUACGAAGGAAUUUUCAUUUCUGUCUUUUGUAAUACUUACAAUCAGUACCUAUUUACUACGCAGCAAAUGAUGAAGAUACUUUUUACGUUUAUCUUGAUUCCAGGGUAUACUGUACAGCAAUUUUGGAUUAGAAUGUUCUGUAUCAUGCUGUUGUUGCCCCUUUUAAGAUAACAUUUAACUGCUUUUAAAAAAUAUAUACAUACAGUACAUUCAGUCUCUGAGCAGUCAGUUACAGGUAGCUUCUGAUCUCUUUUUAGGGAAGGAGGUUGAAAAGGCAGCUGCUUUAAUGCUUCAGGUAUAACUUGGGUGUUGCCUACUUUCUUUACUGAGACUGAAAUUUUCAUUUCGGCUGACAGUGCUCUGCCAGAGACCAAUGAAUGAAAAAGUAUUGCUGCUUCUAGAAUAAGAUCACCAGUUUUUCAGUGAACACCUUUGGCUGUUCCUUUAGCAGCAGCUUGAUGUGGAGGAUAUUGUCAGAUGAUAUUGUUUAUCUCCUUGCUAUGAAAAGCUUCAUCUGCCGAGUUUGGCAUAUCAAGCUGUUAAGCCACAGGAGCAAGUUAGACUGUCUCUUUUCCUGGCCAAUCUCUUUUCCAGAGACUGAUGACAAAACAUGUCAUUUAGUGUUAUUGACCGCGAUGCUUUUAUGAUACGGCUUCAGGCCCUGGACAGGACAUCUUCUGUGUUCUUCUGUGCUCUUUACAGAAAGAUAUCUGUGGUUAUGGCUCAUCGCUGUAUGUCACUAGAAUGUUUCCUGUGCGGUUUCUGCAGACACUGGGUUCCAACAGACAGCUGGUAAUAUUGGGGGACUGGAUUUGGGUAAACUGACAUCAUUUGACCGUGCACCCAACACUUCAGGGCCAAAGCAUUCACUUUUCUCCCAAGCUGAAAGGGAAAGUUGGGGCACCCUUUUGUUACUGCUGAUGCUUUAAAAAGGAAAUAAAUAAAUCAUAAAUCUAUUCCAAAGCAUCCUGAGAUCUGUCAGUAGAUUGAGAUCUACCUUUGGCCUCUUCUCUGUGAGAGUCCCAUAGUACUCACUGUGACUGGCUUCUUAGCAAGUAUGCAUAGAUCUUAUUUAAUAAUGGCUUGACUGCAGCACUAUAUAUUUAUUUAAAAGCAUUUAUAAACUGCUUAAUAUUGAGGGGGGGAACCUAAGUGGGUGUACAAGGUCAAAAAGGCAAUACAGUCUUUCUCUGGAAAGCAAAGCAGCAAUUCCCAUAUACAUUAAACUAAUGCCAUACAUUUCCUUUCUGCCACUCUCUCCUCUUGAAAAAAAAAAGUAUUGUGACACCUAAGAAAAUGUAAUCUUCAUCCCGUGCCACUGUGAGAACCUGUGGCAAAACUCUUUCAGGCACUGCCAUUCUAAAACGCACUAAUAACACCACAAAGCCCAGGCUGUUUCUUUCUCAUGCUUGAUUUAUUGGAGAUUUCUCUGUAAUUUGUAAUGGAAACAGACACAAAGGCACCGUGGAAAAGAGGCUGUUGCUAAAGCAGCCUGCUACUAUCUGGACAGGAGCCCCUCAUGGAGACGUUUAAAACAUUCCAAAAUCCUGCCUUCCUCUAAGGCAACCCUGAGAGAGCUUUAGCAGACUGUGGCUAAGGGAGAGGAGCACAGAAGAAAUGAAAGACCAUGGCAGUAUUCUCCCUUGUCCACCCCCACUUUCAAACAUUGCUUUUUAGCAACUGACUGCUUGGAUUCCCCGGGAACUUGGAGGGACUCUUAUUGUGAAGCUGCAAGAGCUAGAAAGCUUUAGUGAAGAAUCACUGAGUCAUGAAGUUGGUGUUCUCUCCUCUGACUAAUCUGUAUAUAUCAUUGAGUACCUGCUCAACUCCACUUCAGUUCCCAAAGUGCUGGUAUUACUGCUGCAGCUGGUCUGCCUUGCCGCUUCAUGGAGAGACGUUGCACGCUGGUGUGAACUAGACGCAGGAAAGGGACCCUCUAAGGCUUCAGCAGCUGCAAAACCAAAUCCGACUGGAAAAAGAAUCUGCCCAGUGGUGCCCUCAGCAGCAAGCUGGUUUCCAUCAGACUCUGCCCUUGUCUCCAACUUUUCCCCCUCCACCUUCAUUCCAAGAACUUGAGUCAAGUCACUCUGCCGCUUCUCCUGGGCAAAUGAGCGUUCUGAACUCCCAUUCUGCUCCCGCCAUGCAGUCAUCCGGCUCCUUCAACUAUGCCCGCCCGAAGCAGUUCAUUGCUGCGCAGAACAUCAGCCCUGCUUCCAGCUACGUGACUCCUUCCUCCGGAUCUUCAACAUCAAGCCUUCCAUCUCCCAUGUCUCCCACGGCUUCCCAGAAACAAUUUGGCAGAACAUCUGCUCCCCCUUUCUCUCAGCCAUUUGCUCCGGAGGGGGAGUACCCGUGGUCUCCUUCUCCGCCGCCUCCACCUCCACCAGUUUUCAGUCCAACAUCAUCUUUUCCAGCCGCCGAUUUCUUUCCACUGCCGCCACCCCCGCCACCUCCUCUCCCGACUUCUGUCCCUUCACCCUCUGGCAGCCUUUCUCCAACAUCAAGAUUUUCAAACUCCGGCCAGUCCCCAGCCGCCUUCCUCAGCUCCUUGCUGCCAUCCCAGCCACCUCCCAUCUCUGUCAAUGCACUAGGACUUCCAAAAGGCGUCACACCACCUGGAUUUCCAAAGAAAGCAGGCAGAACUGCUAGGAUUGCAUCUGAUGAAGAAAUUCAGGGCACAAAAGACGCUGUUAUUCAGGACCUGGAAAGAAAGCUUCGCUUCAAAGAAGACUUACUGAACAAUGGCCAACCAAAGUUAACCUACGAGGAGAAGAUGGCUCGUCGACUGCUAGGUGCUGACAGCGCUGCAACCGUAUUUAAUAUUCAAGAGCCGGAAGAAGAACUGGCAGGACAGGAAUACAAAGUCUCCAGCUUUGAGCAGAGGCUGAUCAGUGAGAUUGAGUUUCGGCUGGAGAGAUCUCCUGUAGAAGAGUCUGAUGAUGAGGUCGAGCAUGGAGAAGAAGACCCGGAGGACAGUGUGGCACCAUAUUUUGAGAUGAAGCUGAAACAUUACAAAAUUUUUGAAGGAAUGCCAGUUACCUUCACCUGCAGAGUGGCUGGAAACCCAAACCCAAAGAUCUAUUGGUUCAAAGAUGGGAAGCAAAUAUCUAAAAGGAGCGAGCACUACAGGAUGCAAAGAGAACCUGACGGGACCUGCUCUCUCCACACUGCAGCUUCCGCCCUGGAUGAUGAUGGGAAUUACACUAUCAUGGCUGCCAACCCUCAGGGCAGGGUAAGCUGUACAGGAAGGCUGAUGGUCCAAGCUGUCAACCAGAGAGGACGUAGUCCACGGACGCCUCCUAGUCAGCCGCAUGCCAGAAGACCUCGAUCUCGAUCAAGGGAUAGUGGAGAUGAAAAUGAACCAAUUCAGGAGCGUUUCUUCCGACCUCAUUUCCUGCAGGCCCCAGGAGAUCUGAUAGUUCAAGAAGGAAAACUUUGCAGAAUGGACUGCAAGGUCAGUGGCUUACCAACACCAGAUAUCAGCUGGCAAGUCAAUGGAAGAGUUAUACGUUCUGACAGCUCCCACAAAAUGCUUGUACGGGAGAAUGGUGUACACUCCCUGAUCAUAGAGCCUGUCACAGCAAGGGAUGCUGGCAUUUAUACAUGUGUUGCCACCAAUCGAGCUGGUCAGAACACUUUCAGCUUGGAACUGAUUGUUGCAGCUAAGGAAGCACACAAGCCACCUGUAUUUGUAGAGAAGCUACAAAACACAGGUGUAGCUGAGGGGUAUCCUGUGCGACUGGAAUGCCGGGUUUCAGGAGUGCCGCACCCUCAGAUCUUCUGGAAGAAAGAAAACGAGUCGCUCACAUACAAUACUGACAGAGUGAGCAUGCACCAGGAUAACCAUGGCUAUAUCUGCCUGCUUGUUCAGGGAGCUACAAAAGAAGAUGCUGGUUGGUACACUGUGUCAGCAAAGAAUGAGGCUGGGAUUGUGUCCUGCACAGCAAGGCUGGAUGUCUAUACUCAGUGGCAGCAACAGCCCCAGACUACCAAGCCAAAGAAGGUGCGUCCCUCAGCUAGUCGAUAUGCAGCACUUUCUGACCAAGGACUAGACAUCAAAGCUGCGUUUCAGCCAGAAGCAAACCCAGGACACCUGACACUACAAUCUGGAUUGGUAGAAAGUGAUGAUCUGUAAAUCUUGGCUAUCAGGCCUACCAUUUCCUUUCAAAGUGAAAACACUGAAAGCCAUUGUCUUGACCAAUGAUAAUUUAUGCCACUUUGUGAAAGGCAAACACCAUUGUGUGCAAAAGAUAAAGAACACCCUAAUCAUGUAUUUCUUGCUCAUUGUUACAAUUUAAAGUAGUGAUUAUUCAACGGAAAUGUACAGCCCCUGCACAUGAACAUCACCUUCACCAUAACUGUUUCAUUACUAUGUGGGGGGUAGCACUGUUUUUAAAUAAUCCUAUUGCCAAAUGCUAAAGUGAAUGAGAUUUUUCAGAAGCAAGCACACUGCAGAACUUAUCACCAAGUGCCUUUUGCAAGUUGUAGGUGCUAUAACUCAAUGAAUAAUGCUAGUCAUUUUUUUAAGCUACAACACAGCAGCAAGUGUAUCAGCAACACAUUCUGAUUAACAGCAGUAAAAAUGUGCAAUAUACUGAUGGAAGGGGAAAGAAAGAGACAGACAUCUAAAUGAAAUUAGUAUCUCUAAAUGAUUUUCUAUUCUCAAGGGAAAGGAGGCUGCUUGCUUAAAGAGGCUUAGGAUAGGCAAGCAAACUUCACACCUGAAAGCUUUGUUUUCUGCCAACUAAGAAGUGGCUGACUUAAAACUGUACUGCCAGUUAUCAUAAGAUAACUUAAAAUCUGGACAUUAUGAUGGGAUUAUUUUACAGUAUUAAAAUUUGCAAGUAGGACAGGACAGACGUUUCUCAGAAUGAAAGCGUCUUGAGAAAACAUUGCACUUCAUCUCUUUGAAAUUCCAUGGUUACCCAAAUGCUUUAAAUCAUCAUACUGGAGAUUUGCUUGACCAGAACACCAUGACAAAAGUGAUGAGUAUAGAGUACGUGGGGAAAGGAGUGAGUCUGCAAGGGUUUGAAUGAUAAGCACACCACAGAGGAUAGAUUAGUAAAUAGGAGGGAAUGCAGAAUGAUGAUAAAGAAAAUGGUGUCAUAUUUUAAACACUGCAUGCUACAAUUUUGUGUUAUUGCUUACUGCAGCAAUGAAUAAUAGCCCUGCCUAAGACUGGGACUUUGUGAAGAAAGUAACAAUGGUCAAACUUCCAGAAUGUAGACUAGUUCUGCAUCUAACUGGACUUCACUUAAGCAUUAAGCCAUUUGAGUCUGGCAGGAGAAAAAAAGAUGUGGUUUUGAUGGUACAAGAGUACUUUG